GCGGUGAAGCUCCAGGCUUUAAACCCGGACGUGACGCGGUGUUGUUGGUUCCUGGUGGGCGGGGCUUAAUGUCUGUAAACAGUUAGCAUGUUAGCAUGUUAGCAUGUAGCUCAGGAGCAGCACCGACACAGCUGAUUAACGGACUCCCGGUGCCGGUGCUCCCGGUCUGACAGGAAGUCUGCUGACAGGAGAAGAAGAAGUCCUGAACACCACAGAAGAAGAAGAAGUUUAUUACGUGAUGUUUCGGGUCAGAUAGAGGUCAGAGGUCAUCCAGGGUCAUGCUGGCUCCGCCCCCGUCUGACACCCACUUCCUGCUUCUCUACACAUGAAGGCUUCAGCGUGAUCUUUCUUCCAGACGCGUGUGCUUAGCGUGUGCUUAGCGUGUUCUUAGCGUGUUCUUAGCGUGUUCACGUGUCGCCAUGGCAGAUCAGCUGAUGGCAGAGAAGGCGUCUCCUCUCAAAGAGCUGAGCAAGAAGACGGAGGAGGACGAGGGUCCAGCUCUACCUGUUAAAGUCCUGCAGAAGAAGAAGGGGGACGAUGAUGAAGAGGAGGAGGAAGAGGCCACGCCCACUCCGCCUGAUUCGUCCUCGCUGUCGUCAGAUAACGGCACGAUGACCGCCGUCACCACAGAAGAAGAAUCUCUGUCGACUCUCCUCAGACACGGAGGAAGAGACACGGACGUGGAGGAGGCGUUGGGCGUCUCUGAGGCGCAGCGAGGCUCCACAGACUCCGCCUCCUUCUCCCUCCCCAGCCUCUCUGAGGGGGGUCUGACAGCAGGCGGGGGGGGGCAGGGCAGCGAGGACCCCCCACUGAGGGAGGGGGAGACGCUGGAGGCUGCGGGAGGCGCUGCAGCAGCGGUGGAGGCGGGGCCUAACAUGCCGGCCUACUACCUGGUGAAGUGGAUCAGCUGGAAGGAGAAGAAGACGCCGAUCAUCACGCAGAGCGAGAACGGGCCGUGUCCGCUGCUCGCCAUCAUGAACACACUGUUCCUGCGCUGGAAGGCGAAGCUCCCGGCGCAGACUGAAGUGGUCACUGCUGAGGACCUGAUGGCUCACCUGGGAGAGUGUGUAUUGUCUGUUACACCCAGAGAGAAGGCAGAGGGCAUGGAGCUCAACUUCCAACAGAACAUGAGUGAUGCGAUGGCCGUUCUGCCGAAGCUCUCCACGGGUCUGGACGUUAACGUUCGUUUCACCGGAGUCACGGACUUCGAGUAUACGCCUGAAUGCAUCGUGUUCGACCUGCUGAACAUCCCACUGUACCACGGCUGGCUGCUGGACCCCCAGAGUCCGGAGACGGUGGCGUCGGUGGGGAAACUGAGUUAUAACCAGCUGGUGGAGAAAAUCAUCGACUACAAACACUCUGCAGACAGCAGCCGAGUCAGUGAAGGUCUGGUUGCUGAGCAGUUCCUGGAGUCCACGGCGACGCAGCUCUCGUAUCACGGUCUGUGUGAACUCAACGCCACGGCAACCGAGGGAGAGAUCUCCGUGUUCUUCAGAAACAACCACUUCAGCACCAUGAUCAAACACAAGGGUCACCUGUACCUGCUGGUGACGGAUCAGGGCUUCCUGCAGGAGGAGGGUCUGGUCUUCGAGUCUCUUCACAACGUAGAGGGCGAUGGUAACUUCUGUGACUCUGAGUUCAGGCUGUGUCUGCAGAGAGCUCCGGAGCCCAAGAGCAGCAAGCAGGAGCAGCAGAGGCAGAUCGACCAGGACUACCUGGUGGCGGUGUCCCUGCAGCAGCUCCAGGGGGGGGCCCCGGGGCCUCUCAGUGAUCUGGAGCUGGCCCAACAGCUGCAGCAGGAAGAAUAUCAACAGCAGCAACAACAACAACAACAACAGCAACAACAACAACAACAGCAGCAAGAACAGAACCAGCAGGGGGCGUCACAGCCACCACCACAGGCCAGAGGUCAGGGGUCACAGCAGGGCGGAGCCAGGAGAAGAGAGAAGGAAUCAGACUGCACCCUCCUAUAGAGAGGACACACACACACACACACACACACACACACACACACACACACACACACACACACACACACACACACACA